GUGCGCAGUAGGAGUCGAUAAAGCCUCCUUGUGCGCCGCUCCCCGCUCGGGUCCGCUCGGCUCUGCUCGUUAAGCCGAGCUCUGCCUGCUCACCAUGUCAUCAUCAAAGAUGGAGCGCGCAUCGCUGUGAGCCGGACCCCUGCUCACGACGCACGGUUCCAUCGGAGGAGCUCACGAUGAUGUCCUCUUACUACCACCCGGUCAAGGACGCGGACAUGGCGGCCCUGCCGGAGCCGCUGUGCCUGGAGAGAGAUGUGUGCAGGGUGAUCGAGCUGCUGGACCGGCUGCAGCGGAGUGGAGAGCUGCCUCCUCCUAAGCUGCAGGCCCUGCAGAGAGUCCUGCAGAGCAAGUUCUGUGCUGCCAUCAGAGAGGUUUAUGAGCAGCUGUAUGACACUCUUGACAUUGUUGGAGGACCGGAGGUGCGAGCACAGGCGACUGCCAAGGCCACAGUGGCAGCCUUUGCAGCCAGCGAGGGCCACGCCCACCCGAGGGUGGUGGAGCUGCCCAAGACAGAAGAAGGUCUGGGCUUCAACAUCAUGGGGGGCAAAGAGCAGAACUCCCCCAUCUACAUCUCCAGGGUGAUCCCUGGGGGUGUGGCUGACCGCCAAGGAGGGCUGAAGAGAGGAGACCAGCUGCUAUCUGUCAAUGGAGUGAGCGUUGAGGGGGAGCACCAUGAAAAGGCCGUGGAGCUGCUGAAGGCCGCCCAGGGUUCGGUCAAGCUGGUGGUCCGCUAUACCCCGAAGGUCCUGGAGGAAAUGGAGGCUCGCUUUGAGAAGAUGAGGAGCGCCCGAAGACGACAGCAGCACACCAGCUACUCAUCUCUGGAGUCCAGGGGCUAGCUAACCCAAGGCCUCCAUCCAUCCUGACUCUUCUGUUCUAGCGGGAGGCAAGACCUUUGAUGAGAAGCAAAACAACAAUAUAGCCCACCAACACCUGUUACCUGAACUUCUUCAUGAAGCCAACACUGCAGUUUAGGAUAAUCUCCCCUCCCUCUUACCAUAUUUCUUUGAGAUAUAGAGAGUAAGCGUGUUAGAUCAUGCCUGUAAUUUCAUCUCUUCAGUGUGAAAUCAUUCUCAGCAUGCUAUUACAUAAGGGCAACACACUCUCUGUCGUGUGUGGCUCCACUAAAACUUAGCGAUUAUAUUCUCAUGCAGUGCAUUGAGCUCCUCAGCAGUGUGAUCUCAGGAGCAGAGGAAGCAUGUCUCCAUCACACCUCCCACUGGAGGGCUAACCAUGAGCAGGAUGAAGAACUACACUGGAUUCAGUAGCUGAGUGUCCUCUGGCAACGUUUUGAGAAUAAGACAAACACACAUUCAAUUGUGUAUUCAUUGUUUUGCAUAAUUAUUCAUGAAAUAAAGUAUAAUUGUGUUAAUUUA